AUGUCGCCCAUGGCUCAAGCAACGCUAUCGACGGGAUCGCCCGUUUAUGCGAUCGACUUUAUCGAUCCUAAGCACUUUGUGUAUGCCGGGGGAGGUGGCGCUGGACGCACUGGUGUGCCGAAUGUUAUUAAAGCAACCGAGAUUCAGCUGCCAGACGGAAUCCCUUCAUUGCAUUCAUGUGGCGAAAUCAUGCUGAAUUCCAAUGAAGAUGCACCAAUGUGUCUGAGUGUGAACCCUUCCAAAACGCUGCAAUCGCACUUGGUUUGCGGGAUCAAUGCGCCUGCGGACGAGAUGAAGCAGGGAAAAAAUCCUCAUGUGCGUGUAUUUGAAUUUAGUGUACAUGAACACCCAGCAGCACGCGCUGAAGCUCAAAUGGGACAGGCGUCUUCGAGUAUUUCGCUAAGUCCGAUCACGGCCAUUCCAUCGUUAGGUAUUACAGAUCCUGAGCAUUACCAGAAAACAGCGCAAUUUUCACCGGAUGGAAAAUUAUUCACUGUCGCGAGCACGGACGGUCGUCUACAGCUGCACAGAUAUCCAAGCAUGGCUCCUGUGUUUUCCUCCAGCAUUGGGGUCAUUUCGCUCAAUGAGGAAAUCUAUGAUACAGAUUUCUCCCAUGAUGGCCGGCAAUUAGCCGUCACGACGCUUUCACGCAUUGUGAUAUUCUCUACGACUCCACAGACGAUUGAAGGAGAAACACCCACAUUUGCACCACGCAUUUUACAGGUGAUUGAAAAGCCAGUCGUUGGGUCGGGGACAGGUGCCACGUUCCGCAUGGGCAAUGAGUCCACAUGGCCGCUUCUUGGCCGUUGGCUCGUCAGACAUGUGUGUCACGUUGCUUCGUGCUCGCACGUUGCAAGCGCUCCUGAAAAUGAACCAUGUUCAUGGCUUCCCACCUACAUGCAUGGUAUUCUCACCUAA